CUUGUGGACCACUGAAAUCUCAUUGGUUUCCAACGUCCUUGGCGGGAUUUUAUCUCAACGUAUGGCUGUUAAUUUUGUACUCCGCAUUGAAAUUAGCAGUUUCGUCUAAACGCAAAUGUCUGAUGAUAUAUGGGAGGAAAGUGUUGUUAAAGGAUUUCAUUUUGACUUGGAAGAAUCCGAUAACAUUUCAACCUACAGUCAAAGUCUCGCAGAAUGUUUCACUGAGGCAUUUUCCGACGAACCAGUAGUAACAGACCUCAAUAGUCAGUUUUGUGCAAUAUGCCAUAAUUUGAUCACUAAUCAAAUUUAUUAUGAAAAGGAUGCCAUCUUUUGCUCUGAGGCAUGUUGGCUGAAAGCUAUUACAAUUGCUCUUGAUGAUUUUGUUGUUGAGGGAAUGAGUACAUGGCCAUUGAGUACAUUUGUUUCACAAGCAUCUAAAGUUGUUCUCCUCAAUUUGGCCACACGUUCAUUUGAUGGUAAUUUAAUCAUAAAGCUUAUUAACAAAUUUAGAAAUUCGUUUUCUGAAAGUGUCUUUCAACACAUUUUAUUAAAAAAUCGUGUGGUUGCCUUACAUUUUAUUAAUUUUCUUAGAAAAACUGGACAGUUAGCAGAUUUAAAAAAAUAUAUGAAACUUCUUGGAUUUAUUAGAGAAAGUGAAAUACCAAGCUACAAUCAACUGAUGCAAAAGCUAAUGAAUAUGUCAACAGGUCAUGUUGAUGAAGUGAAUAAAUAUUUAAUGCAGAUCGCAGAAUCUGAUGUAGCUUCACAUUCAUCAAUGAAACAUCUUGUUGAAAUCUCUUCAGAACUGGCUGUGAUCUUAGAUUAUCAAAAUAGCUAUGAAAAAGAAUGGAAUUUAACUUACAAUGAACUUUCUUUAGAUGCAAAUGUUCGAAAAGCGACUAUGACACUACCUAACACUUUAAUCAUGCAACCAUUAUGUGAAACGCUUAGUGCAUUGGUUAGAAUGGAUCAAACAGUUAAAACAAAUAGUAGAGCUGAAAUUCUUGGGAAAAAGUGCAAAAUGUCAGAUGAACAGUUUAAGUGGCUAGUGAUUGAGCCACUAGUGCAGUCACAGAACUGGAAUGAUUUGGAAUGUAUUUUAUUAAAAAAGAAAUCAUUGUCGCGUCGUAUGGAAGUUAUCCUUCCAAGUGAUCGCUUAGUUCUUCACCUAUAUUCAUUAGGUGCACCGAACAACAUCAUUGAAAAUUACCUGAAAUUUAUCAGUGAUAAUGAAGAAUUUAUUCAAAUUGCUAUCCGCUUGAAAAUGAUCGAUGAAGCACUAAAGCUUUGCUUAGAAAGACGAAAUGUGAACGCCUUAAAGGACCUCCUAUCUCAAAUCCCUAGCAAUCACCGAAGGAAGGAAGAAAUAUCUCACUACCUAUCGAUUCCUGUUGCACAAUGGAAAGACUUUUUGUGUAAAUAA